AUGAAGAAGAUGUUCAAAGAAAGCCCAGAGGAGCUUAUACUUGCAUUGACGAUCCUAGCUGGCCUAGCUGGUGUUGCGAUAUACAUCGUGAAGGUUUAUUUCGACUACUUCCAGGCCCGCCAAUUCACCAAGUACCCGAAGCCAGUUGCGAAAGCCCUUCGAAGAGCACUAUACUACACAAACAUCAGCCCCGACGCGAAUCUAGCGAGGAAGUACUACAAACAAGCGCUGGAGAUCUGCAACGAACUCCAAUUGGACCCGUUUUCCGACGACGUGCUUGGCAUCAGAAUUCAGACGGCCGCCUGGUUGGAGAAAAUUGGGAACUACCAAGGUGCUAUUUUGGUUCUCAACUCUGUCCUGCAAGAUUGUAUCAAGUGGGUUGAGUGGCUGGAAAAGUCCGUCGCCGACGGCACGGUUGAUAAGUCGGGCAAGCCGCCUGCUGUCAAGGUACUAUCAGAGGAUCAACGUCCCACUGUCGCCUCGGACGGGGAUGAGGAGCCACCGGAGAACUUGUGGCGCAAGCGCACAAGGCUACUUGCGAAGGCUGUCGGCACAAGUACCAAACUGGGUGCGCUGUACUCUGACGAACACGUCUUGGAGCCAGAAAAUGCCUUGGCGCGGUUGACGUGGGCCGUCGAAACUGCGUUGUCAGAGGCAAGACGCCGCCACAAGGAGGGUGUCAAGAAGGACGAAGGGCCUUGGAUGAGCCCAGAAGAGAUUGGCGGGGCGAUGGAAUCCCUGGCCGAUCACUACUCGUCCAAACAUCAACCUCAUCUGGCAGUGCCCCUCUUUUUUCACGCCUUGCGUCUUUGCGCCGAUCCUUGUCAUCGAGUUACUAUCAUGAAUAAUCUAGCUGUAGCCUUUGCUACGCAUCCCACAACGACACCUGUCGAUCCCAUUCCUGGAGCCCCUUCUACCUCUGACGCACUUUCCAACCUGGAUGUGCCGACAGAUCGCGCAGGAUUGCUCGAGGCAGCUAAAAACUGGGCUAGCAAUGCUUACUCACACUCAAAGGAUGUGAAGGGCGACGAGCGUACGGAAGAAUGUGACGAGGCUUGUGCUGUUGCCUUGACAAACAUGGCCGACAUUGCUGCUAUGUUGGGAAAGAAGGAUGUCGCACGAAAACGCUUUCAACAAGCCAUUGAGAUGAGCAAGAAGAUCGGUUUCGAACCUGGCGUGACUGAGGCUGAGGCUGGCUUGCAGAAGCUGUGA